AUAUGAGUGUAAAAAAAAACUCACACGUGUUCACAGCAUCAACAAUUUUCAUGGCGGCUGUGGCGAUACUGGCAGUGUUAACAGCCUUGUCUCUCGGACAACCAACAGAUUCCGCGUGCGAUGGCACAGCACUGAAAGUGGUUGUCGCAGUAAACGAGUUGGUAAAAAAACUGCCCGCUGAAUAUACUGAAACCCUGAAUCGCGAGUCGGUUUGGUUUCCCGGAGUGACGCUGACAACGACGACGCUCAAAGGGCUUGAAAACUGUGAACUUUUGGGACCUGUUCAGACAUACUGCCGAGGCAAUGACGACUUAACAUUGUUCGAGCUACACUGCACGCCUCUCUCCAACGCCAUCAACUGGAGCAUGUGCAAAGGGCAUAACGGCACUCUGGUGUCCACCAUUCGCUACGCCCGGAUGAGUGUCGAGUUCUUCACCGAGUACACGAACAACGGCACGGACGUUAGGCUCGUCUCUGCGGGAACAGUGGCGCCAUCUGAACUGACGGGAAUCGGCAUGACAGUGAGCGGCAGCAGCGAGUUUGUUAAGAACGCUGUUUCGACACUUGCGGGGUCUUUCUCAGAGGCGGUUCGAGAAAUGUGGCUAGGUACUCUCCCUGGAUACAUUCUGAACGUACUACACGACAUCAAGCGUAAGCGACAAGGCACGUAAAAGGAAACAUACAGCAUAAAUA